AUGGAAUCCGAAGGCACUAGUCUUUUUGCCAUUUCUCCAAAAGCAAGUUUAUUGACAGCAAAUAGCCUCUUUACCAAGGAUAUUUUUUCAUCGACUUAUAAUAGUAAUGAUUUUAAUAAUCUUAAGCAACCAGGAUUUACUUAUUCUUCGGACCAAAGACAGUUUAAGUCCUCGCUUCGUGCUCCUUCUUCUAUCCUAUCAUCUACCAAUACUAAUAACAACAUUUCAAGCUCUUCAGAUAUGUGGGCUGCGCCUGGCUCUUCAAACAGACCCAGUUCCAAUGUUACACACAGAAAGAUAAUUGACGAUAUCAUAUUUUAUCGUCCUGAUUCUCAUAUAGCUUUGGAUAAUCUUACUUCCACGUUUGAUCCGUUCAAAAGCGAUAAUACUACAAAAAACAAUAUCGUCUUAGAUCCAUCCAAAAAUGAGGAAGAGACCAAUGAAGAUUUCAGAUCAAACGUUACACAACCGUAUAACAUCAAUAAUAUUGUCACUCCCGAGAUUCUCACUUCUAGAUUUGAACCAUUCAAGUACAACAAUAUUGCAAACACAAAUGUCACUUUUGAUCCAUUCAACAAUGAUAUUACUAUACUUGAUCAUCAACUCGGAAAUGGCACAUCAAACAAUUUCAAUCGAUCUGUUUCUGCUAAUGACAAAUAUUUGGGAGGUGCUUCUAAUUCGAACCAGUCAAACAACAACUCAAUCAAUCCAAGAGAUUUGAAUGAUAAAUCUCCUCUUUGCAAACACUUCCAGAGAGGUUAUUGCGCAAAAGGUGAUCAUUGCCAAUAUUUACACAAGUUUGACUCAUACAACUCUAUCAAUAAAAUUAAUGGUAGAAAUCUUGGUCACGCCUCUUAUUCUACUCAUUUUUCAUUAUCGCAACAACCAUGUUCUUACAAUCAAUUCCACCCGUCAAUCAAUAAUGCUUCAAUGCUUUUAAAUAAUACUUCUAGUAUCAAUAGCAAUAAUAAUGCUACAAGCAAUCUAUAUGGUCCAUAUAAUCAUCAUCAUAAUAUUAAUUCUUCUGUUAAUUCACCAGCCAAUAUAAACGAUAUAACUUUACCUACUGUUAAUACUGUCAAUCAUAUCAAUUGUAAUAAUAAUAACAAAAUUAUUCCUUAUAUUCAAAAAUAUCCUCAACAUCGCACGUUCAACAAUAUUGAUCAUCCAAUAAAUCAUAUUAAUGUAACCAAUUUAUUUAAUCACGCCAUUGCAUCCAAUUCGCUAAAUCAAACCAACACUCGAUUUUCUGGCGUUGAUUUAGAAAAUUUUGCAGGUCAGAUUUAUUCAUUAUGUAAAGAUCAACAUGGUUGUCGUUUUUUGCAAAAAAAACUUGAAGAAAAUAACCAAAGUUAUAUUGAUAUGAUCUUCAAUGAAGUUUAUAAACAUUUUGUUGAACUUAUAACUGAAAAUUUUGCAGGUCAGAUUUAUUCAUUAUGUAAAGAUCAACAUGGUUGUCGUUUUUUGCAAAAAAAACUUGAAGAAAAUAACCAAAGUUAUAUUGAUAUGAUCUUCAAUGAAGUUUAUAAACAUUUUGUUGAACUUAUAACUGUUUCCUCUGACUUAGUCAAUAUUUCGUUAAAUGUGCAUGGUACUCGCGCAGUUCAAAAAAUAAUAGAACUUGUCACGGAAAAUAAACAUGACUAUGCUAAGUAUAUCUACAAGACUCAGCAAAUUUGUACUCUUAUUCAAUCUUUAAAUUCUGAUGUAGUAACUUUAAUUCAAGACUUAAACGGAAACCAUGUUAUUCAAAAAUGCUUAAGACUUUUCACCCCUGAAGAAAAUCAAUUUAUUUAUAAUGCUGUCAGUAGUAAUUGUCUUGAAGUUGCCACACAUAAAAAUG